AUGUUUGACCCGUUAGAAUUUUUCAGCGGUGCCAAACCGCCCUUGGAACCCGAGAUAUCGGGUAAGACGUAUUUCUUAGAAGCAUGUAGAACUGCGGAGGAUAUACCAAACUCGAAAAGAGAUCCAACGAAACAAACUACUGAACGAAGUGAAGAUGGAGAUGCUCCCAUGCAAGUUAUAGAUCUCCCUAUCCUUCAAAUUGCGAAACCUGUAAUCGUUUUGACUGUCUUGCUGCUGCUCAGGCCGGCAGCCAGUGUAAAUUUUGCAGAACGAGAUCGUGAAGAUGAUAACACUGAAUACACAGAUGGGAUAUGCGAUCCUAAAGACAUUCCUCCCAGCUAUUUACGAGAAACUGUGAACUGGUAUAAGUCUAUGGGAAACUCAGGCCUGGAUUCUGAACUCAAACUAUGCAAGAAACUGCAUGAGCUGGUAGGCACAGCUACAGAAAAGGAUCUUGUAGCAUAUUACACUAGCGUUCUUGCAAAAUACAGUCGAUCCGAUCAAUCGGACGAGCUUGCAGUACGCAUCUUGAGCGAAGCAAGUCUGCGCAUAUCAGAAAAGUGUGGACGAACAGCGCAGCCGGCAAUGACUAGAGUUUUCCAAAUAGAAGGUUUACAAAACUCUAUACAGCUACACGAGCCGGCUUUGACGGCAGAUAAUCUAGGAUUGAAAACUUGGGGCGCCUCGCUGGUUUUGGCGCAGAAACUUUGCCAAAAAAAUAACAUCUUGAUGGGAAGCAAAAAACAUCUUAGAGUUUUGGAGCUGGGAGCGGGAACGGGACUUGUAGGAAUAGCUUUGAGCCAGAAACUUUGUGAAGAUGGGAGAGACUUCAGUACAGCCACGAUUUACCUGACCGAUUUGCCAGAAAUCGUGCCCAACUUGAAGAAAAACGUACAAUUGAACAAGUGUAACGAAAACGCUCAAUUGAAUGUUACAGUAGAUGUCCUGGACUGGACUGAUCCUUCUCUUUUUGAACGCCGGCAUGGAUGCCAAAAAUUCGAUGUUCUUGUUAUCGCCGACCCCAUCUAUUCACCACAACAUCCUGGAUGGAUAGUGAAUAUGAUGAGUAGAUUCCUAGCUGCUGACGGCACAGUUUACCUUGAGAUUCCUGUUCGCGCCAAGUACGCCACAGAGAGACAAACCCUUUGGGAUUUGAUGGACAAGGUUAAUCUUGAGGCCAUGGUAGAAGAAAGAGACGAAGGUGUUGAUGAUUGGGGCCAAGUUUCGUACCUGUAUAAGGAGGUUGUCUUAAGGCGCCCACUUUAA